AUGAGCUCAGAAUUGAACCAUCAAAUUUCCCAUUCAAGCUGGAUCCCCGAUAGUCCCACCACCAUAAUCCUCAUUCACGGCGCCUUCGCCUCCUCAACCUGGUGGGACCUCGUCAUCCCGCACCUCUCUGGAUACCACAUCCUAGCCCCCAACCUACCAGGCCACGGCCAAUCCAGUGAGAAGGAAUUCUCCAUUCAAAACGCUACGACAACAAUCACCCAAUUAAUCCGUUCGCAUGCAAAAGAUUCCCACGCUCAUAUCGUAGGACACAGUCUCGGCGCAAGGGUAGCGAUUCACAUUGCCGAAACAAAUCCUAGUCUCGUGGAUUCGGUCUUUAUCUCAGGAUAUGGAUCUCUACCUCAAACGGCGCUUACACCGUAUAUACCCUACGCAGUAUGGAUGACUCAACGACUUGAGAAUCUAGUUCCUCGUUCUGUCAUUCGGUGGGCUAUGGAUGGAACGGAUAUCCCGCGUAUAGAUACAAGGUUAAGUACUUUACGUCUUUGUCAGAGUGUUAUGGCGCCUACGGAGACGAAGGGACCGAAGCCUUGGAAUGCGAGGACUUGUAUUAUUGUUGCGGGGAAGGGUGGGAUUGUUCCUAGUGCGGAUAGUAGGAGUGCUGCGGUGAGGUUAUUGGAGAUUGGGAAAUUGGGGAAUAAGAGUACGGUUGCUUUUUGGCAUCCUGAUAUGAGACAUCCGUGGAUUAGACAAGAUCCGGGGCUUUUUGCGGAUUCGGUCAAGGCUUGGAUUGAAGGGAGGGAGUUACCUCAUGGGUUUGAGAUGAUUGUUUCCUAG